AUGUUGCCGUGGCAACAAGUGUCGUGGCGACGAGUGCCCUACAAGUGCCGUGGCGACAAGUGCCGUGGCAACAAGUGCCGUGGCGACAAGUGCCCCACAAGUGCCGUGGCAACAAGUGUCCCACAAGUGCCCCACAAGUGCCGUGGCACCAAGUGCCCCACAAGUGCCGUUGCAACAAGUGCCCCCCAAGUGCCGUGGCAACAAGUGCCCCACAAGUGCCGUGGCAACAAGUGCCCCACAAGUGCCGUGGCGCCAAGUGCCCCACAAGUGCCGUGGCAACAAAUGCCCCACAAGUGCCGUGGCAACAAGUGCCCCACAAGUGCCGUGGCAACAAGCCCCACAAGUGCCGUGGCAACAAGUGCCCCACAAUGCCGUGGCAACAAGUGCCCCACAAGUGCCGUGGCAACAAGCCCCACAAGUGCCGUGGCAACAAGUACCCCACAAGUGCCGUGGCGACAAGCCCCACAAGUGCCGUGGCAACAAGUGCCCCACAAGUGCCGUGGCAACAAGUACACCACAAGUGCCGUAGCAACAAGUGCCCCACAAGUGCCGUGGCAACAAGUACCCCACAAGUGCCGUGGCAACAAGUGCCCCACAAGUGCCGUGGCAACAAGUACCCCACAAGUGCCGUGGCAACAAGUACCCCACAAGUGCCGUGGCACCAAGUGCCCCACAAGUGCCGUGGCACCAAGUGCCCCACAAGUGCCGUGGCACCAAGUGCCCCACAAGUGCCGUGGCACCAAGUGCCCCACAAGUGCCGUGGCAACAAGUGCCCCACAAGUGCCGUGGCAACAAGUGCCCCACAAGUGCCGUGGCAACAAGUGCCCCACAAGUGCCGUGGCAACAAGUGCCCCACAAGUGCCGUGGCAACAAAUGCCCCGCAAGUGCCGUGACAACAAGUGCCCCACAAGUGCCGUGGCAACAAGUGCCCCACAAGUGCCGUGGCAACAAGUGCCCCACAAGUGCCGUGGCAACAAAUGCCCCACAAGUGCCGUGGCAACAAGUGCCCCACAAGUGCCGUGGCGACAAGUACCCCACAAGUGCCGUGGCAACAAGUACCCCACAAGUGCCGUGGCAACAAGUGCCCCACAAGUGCCGUGGCGACAAGUGCCCCACAAGUGCCGUGGCAACAAAUGUCCCACAAGUGCCGUGGCAACAAGUACCCCACAAGUGCCGUUGCAACAAGUGCCCCCCAAGUGCCGUGGCAACAAGUGCCCCACAAGUGCCGUGGCGACAAGUACCCCACAAGUGCCGUGGCAACAAAUGCCCCACAAGUGCCGUGGCAACAAAUGCCCCACAAGUGCCGUGGCAACAAGUGCCCCACAAGUGCCGUGGCAACAAGUACCCCACAAGUGCCGUGGCGACAAGUGCCACAAGUGCCGUGGCACCACACCUACACAACUACAUAUUAAAUAA